CAUUAUUUCUCUGCUACUGCUGUCGCUGCUUCCAGCUGCACAGAACUGGUGCUGAUCAUGGAAAGAAGCAUGAGACGAAACCAAACCAUGGGGACAGAAUCCCAGCAGAUGUACGAGUUAAACAAACGCCUUGAAGGUUACCUGUCCCGAGUUAAGUUUCUUGAGCAGGAGAAUGAACUGCUGAAAGAAGAGAUCCAAGAACUGCAGCUUGAGCAGUCCAAGACAUCCUGGAAAAAUGAGUAUCAAAAGGAAUUACGAGCGCUGCGGGAGAGCCUGGAUGAACUUUACAGAGACAAGUCUCAGACAGAGCUGGAGCGGGACAGGAUGUACGAUGAACUUCUGCUGAUGAAAGACAGGUGGCAAAAGGAGAAACAGGAGCAAGAGCUGGUGAAGCAGAAAGUGAAAGAGAGCAAGCAGGAGUUGGAAGAGGAGACGAGGGCACACAACUGGCUGAAACAGAAGGCAUUUCAGCUAGAGGAUGAACUGCAGUUACUCCAAGAUGCUCAUGAAGAAGAAAAGCUCAGUCUCCAACAAGAAGUCUCAGAAAGAUCCUACAGCUUCACUGAACUCCGGCCUGCCCACACCCCAGCAUACCCAGCCAUUGAAGUGCAAGAAUAUACAAGUCAGUUGUCUGAAAUCUGGAAGGGAGCUGUCAGAUCUUACCAGGAAGAGAUUGACCAAAUGGAGGCAUCCCUGCAGGAUGCAAAGGAUCAACUCCAGAGCAUUGCCAGAGAGAAGAAAGAGGCUUACCAACUACUUCAGAACCUACAGCGUGAGCUGGAUAGCCUGCAAGUGCGCAAAGAGAUGCUGGAAAAGUCAGUCAUGAAACAUCAGCAGGAACAGCAGGAUUGCAGGCAUGAAUUCCAGUCUGAGAUCGACUCCAUGGAAGACGAGAAGGAGGAACUCAGGCAGCAGAUAGUCCAAAUUCUGAAAGAUCGACAGAAGCUGAUGGAACUGAAGAUGUCUUUGAGUUUGGAAGUAGCAACUUACAGAUCCCUUCUAGAAGCAGAAAGUAUUCGCCUGCAGCCAUUUAUGGAAUAUUCUCCUGCAAGUGUCAUCAGAGAUACUAAACUGGACAUAAAAAGUAACAAGCCACCUUCGCUGCCCAACAACAUAACUGAUGUUCGAAGGAAAUUUGGUUCAACAGAAAGCAGGAUAAACUUGACCAGCAUGCACAGAGGAGUGAGUGCUACACCACAACUGCCAAAGUCACAGCCUGAACUUUUGAAAACAACUCUGGUAAAUAAAUUUCAGGGAACAACAUCACUCAGUAAAAAUCUACAUAAGGAACCUACAGCAAGACUGGAACCAGCAAUGCAGAGAGGUGGAAUCUCAGUGACCCAGAGAAGUACAUCCAAAAGAGAUAGUUCAACAGUAAACUCUGUUAAAACUCUCAUUACAACUGCAGAGAAAGAAACAAUUUCUGAAUCAUAUUCCCAUGACUCAUCAAAGCCCUUAGGUUACCAGCCUAUGACCUAUGAGACAAAAUUCCCCAAACCAUCAGACAAACCAGAUCAUGUAGAUGAACGAAGAUACACUAACUCAGAAGAAAAGUUAACUACCAGAGUGGAGGUGAAGACUGAGAAGAAAGACAAUGAUCUAAAUUAUUUAGUAAAAACAGACAAAGAAAGUUACACUGUAAGUCCUGCUGAAAUCCAAAUAAAUCAGAUAGUGCAAGACACAUAUUACAGUGACAAGCAGCACACCAAAGCAGAGGUGGAGACCGAGAAGAAAGAUGAUGACCUAGCUUAUUUAGUGAAAACAAACAAAGAAAGUGACAGGUUAAUUGCUGCUGAAACUCAGCUUUUACCUCAGACUGAACAAGACACACAUGACAGUGAACAGUUAAUCACAGAAGCUCUUGACAAAGCUUUUGAAACUCUAAAAGGAGCAGGUGAAGAUACACCCAUGUCUAGUGCAAUUACAAUUACAACUGAAAAUGUCACAAUUAAACAGAAUGAGUCAGUUAAUGAAGAUUUCUCUUACCACAUGGAGGAUAAUAAGAAUGAAGUUGUUCCCCAAAGUUUUGAAACUUUAAGCAAAACAAUGCCUUAUGAUAACUGGGAAAACAGAGAUGUUGAAAUUACAGCAGAGUUAUUAGAAAAUGAUAAAGAAACUGAAAUAGAUAAUCAUGGUCGUGAUGAUCAAUAUGGCACUCAUAUAAUGUCUAUAGAAUCAGACAUACCUGAGCCUAGUUUGUCUAUACCUGUAUAUACACAGAAGACAGAAGAUGCAAUACUUGACAUGACUUCUCAAAUUGAAUCAGAACAACGCAAAACUAUGCAGGUCACAAGUGAGUCAUUCAUUACAGUAAGUCAGGAAGUAAGAUUCACAACAUCUAGUGACUGCAAAGACAUAGACGACGAUGCAACAAGUGCACAUGUGUAUGAAAAGGACUCACAGGCUUUCAGUUCAAAUGCAGACUGGCACAUCAGCAUUGAGCCACAUAAACAUCUGGAAACAGUGGAAAAAGAUCCAGACAGUUUCAAAAGAAAUCAUGUCAGUUCAGAUGAAACAAUAGAAGAUACAGAUGAAAUGGUCACUCCACAACAUGUGAUCAAAUCUUUCAGUACUAAGUUAUUAGACGGAGGAGUAAUUCAGGAAGUAGAAAGUAUCCCAGAACAAAGCAAAGAUUCUAAUGAUUUUUUUAGGUCUGAUGAAAAGGCAUUGGAAGACAUGGAGAAGCCUGCUGAUGCAGUAGUGACAAAUGGAAAAGAGUAUGAUGAAGAUUCAAUGAAUAUCAAUUCAGCUGAGGUCUCUGAUGCAAACAGGCCAGCAGAUGAUGUAGAAAGUGUUGUGCUUCAUAAGCAAAAAGUGGAAGAAAUAUUUUCAAGUGAUGAAAGUGUGAAGAGUGAAAUCAUAGUAAGUGAAAAGGAUGAUUUGCAGUAUGGUGAUGACUCAAUAGAUACAACAUUGAUAAAAGAGGAAUGGCCAACAGAAAGAAAGCCAGAGGACAGUCAUAAAGAAGACAACAUCUCAGAGAUUCGUCAUGAAGAAGACAUUAAUCAAGCACAACUACUUGAUAUGAUAGAACCAAGUGAAGGAACUCACGCUCCAUUCUCUAGCUGUGAUGCAGAAGUUAAGGAACCUGUGCGUACAACUAGUGCAGAGGAAUAUUUUACAGUACAGCAUAUUGCACAAUUAAGUAAGUCAGUGGAGGUGGACAGUGUAACACAACCAAACAAAGAUAUUUCUGAAGGAGAGGUAAACAUGACUUUCAAUUUAACUGAAACAGAACUGUUCGAUGGCAGAGAACAAACUGAAGACAUAACAGCUGAGGAAGGCAGCAGAGUUAAGGAUUUUGUUUUGGAUGAUAUGUCUCAGCAGGAAGACCGUAUAGAUAAUGGUAAUGUUGUUUCCUACCAUGAGGAUGAAUCUAGAUUUGAAACUCAGUUUACAGUAUCAUUAAAUGAUGAAGAUAUAGAAGUAAAGGAGCAAGAAAAAUAUGAGUCUCGACUGGAAUCAAGUGAUGAGUCUGUCCCUGUUACUGACAUUCAUAUUGCAGCACCACCACAACUAAAAGAAGAAACUGAAGAAACAGUACAAGAAGACUUGAAAAGCAACACAGAAAUGUUAUCUGCAGUGGCCAACAGCGAUGAAAACACUGAAAAGGCAAAUGUGGAAGAAUGCCUUUAUUUAAAUAAAGAACAUAUAGUAAUGGCAGAAGAAAAAAAAGACAAAGAAGAAACAGAAGAAAUGGAGCAACCCAGAGAAAGUGGUGAAACAAUUGAAGACGUGCAAGAAGAAAGUGAAAAAAUAGCCCAAACUGAAGAACUUGAGGAGUCAAACAUUGAUGAAGUCAAAGAGGAAAAUAAAGAGAUAACUUCAACCGGAGAACAUGAAGAGCAACUGUCUGAAGAAGAAAAAGAAGAAGAAGAUGAUGAAGACAGUGAAAAAGAAUGUCUGGAAAUCUAUAAAUCACAAUCUCCUGCAGCAGAAGAUAAAGAAACAGAGGAAAAAGAGGAAAUAAAUAACACAAAGGUUCCUUCAGUAUCUUCACCUGAUGAAGAAGAGAAAAAGGAAGAAAGUGAAGGAGAAGAAGAAGAAGACAUGGAAAUAUAUCAAGCAAAAUUGCCCUCAGCGGAAGUUAAAGAAACAAGGGAAGAUGAAGAAAAAGAAAGUUUGGAAAUAAGAAAAACAGAAAUUUUUGCAGCAGGAGGAGAAAAGGCAAAUAAAGAAGAUGAAGAGGUCGAAGAUGAAUGUUGGGAUGUAAAGAGAGCACAAAUGGUUGCAUCAGAACACAAAGAAGCAGAGUAUGAAGAAGAAGCUCUGGAAGUUAAUACAGAAAUGGCUGUAGUCAAUGAAGUCAAUGAAACAGAGUAUGAAAAAGAAGAACAUCUUGAAAUAUAUACAGAAAAAACUCAAGAAGCAGAAGGCAGUGACACAGAGGAUGAAGCAGAAAAAGAGGAACAAAGUCUGGCACUAAACAAAGAAAAAAGUCUUGCACAAGGAUGGAAGGAAGCAGAGGAUGACAGAGAAGAAGAUCUGGAAAUAAAUAAAGAAAUUUUUCAGGAAGCAGAUGGUGAAAAAACAGAGUCUGAGGAAGAAAAUGAAGAAGAGGUUAUGGAAAUAAAUAAAGAGGAAGUUCAUUCAUCAGUAGGCAAAGAAAAAGAAGAGGAUGAAGAAGGUUACUUGGAAACUGGAAUAGAGAAAGAAGCAAUACAAGAUCAAUCUGAUGAAGAGGACACUCAUGACAAAGAAAAUACAGACAUGAAGGAAAUAGUAUCAGAGCAAAAUUUAGCAGUCAGUUGUUCCUUGGAUAAUGAUAAAGAAAAUGACAAUGUUGAGACUAAAUCAGUAGAUGGAGAUAUAACAGCAAAAGCUGUACCUGUAAGAGAUGAGGAAACUAUACUAUUAACCAAAGAUGAAACAGAAAAUGUGCUAAUUUCAACAGAAGAAAAUAGGGAAGAAGCGUCUUGGAUUACUGAAGAAAUGAAUCGUGCAGUGAGCAAUGUAUUUGAAGAAACAAUAUCACUCACCAAGAAAGAAGAACAGUUUGGUGGCUUUCCAUCUUCAGGAGAAUCUAUUAAAUCUGAUGAGGAGAAAGUGUUCUUAUCUACUACUUCACAGGAAGAACCAUGUAUCCUAGAUGAUGGAAAGCAGGGAAAAGAAGAAGAGCUUUCAGAAAACAAUUAUGUAGAACACCUUACAAUGUCAGAAUCUAAGGAGUGCACACAAGAAUUUAAUAUUGGUGAAGAUGUUGCAGAGAUGAUGGUUCAAGUUCCUCCACUAGACAGCUUACAGGAUAAUUAUUUGGCAUCAUUGAAAGUAAACAAACAUGAAGAAAUGUCUGCAGAUUUAGAUAUUGACUCUGUUCCUUCUGAUGAUGACUUCAUUCCAAUAUCUGAAACGAAGCAUGAAGACAGUGAAGCAAACAUCUUGGUUCAAGACUUUGCUGAUGAUGCCAAUACAUGUUUAAAAUCGACAGGAAAUUUGUUAAAUGAAAAUUCUGAAGUGUCUGCUAAAGAAUAUGACGAUGAAGACAUUAUUAGAACUGAAGCCAAAGUUUCACAAGAAGACUCAAUUAUACUAAAUGAAGACACUUUAGACAUCAGACAUCUGGAUGCCAAACAUGAAGUCCAGACAAUUUCCAUAGAUAAUGACUCUGAAUCUACAGAGGAUGAUGAGUCACCCAAUGCUUCAAAAGCAUAUCAAGCACCCAAGCAUAAUGAUGAGGAAGGGUGUGAAGUUAUAACUACUAGUGAUGAAGAAAACCAAAGUCAUGAAGAGGAAGGUACUCCAGAUUAUAUUGAAGGACAUACUGCAGAAUACAGAACAGAAGGCAAUGUAUUAACUUACACUUUGCAAGAAACAGAAUUAAAAACUGAUGAGGUUCUGCAACUAGGUUCAGUAGCACAAACUGUUUCAGAUGCAGGUGAAGAAACCUACCCUGAAGAUAAUCUGCUUGAAAAUUUGCCCCCAAGGUCAGAUAGUGAUAAAUGCAGAGAAGACAUUAUAGACGGUAAGCAUUCCUUAGAUGUCCAUGGUUUAACAGAAAGAAAUGUUUCAAAAGAAUCAAAUUUGAUUCAACAGGUUGAAGGAGUUAUAGUACAUGGGAAAGAAAUUACCACUGGGAUUCAACAAUUUGAAGAACACAAUGUUGAUGGUUUCACAAAGGAGGUUUCAGAGUCUGGUGUAACCAUAAAUGGAGUACACCUAGAUGAGGAUAUGGACGAACAAGACUUCAUCAAUGGAAUAAAAGAGGAAACAGUUCAGGAAAAAGAAUUGCCACCAAUGUCUAAACUAAGAAGCAGUGAAGAGGCACAGGAUAUCAUGCUUCAUGAGCACGGGAAAGGUGCAUUUCAAUCGGAUUUUGUGGCAAAGGUUCUUCAUGAAGGACCUACUGAUAACUUAAACCAACAAGAUAUAAUGAGUGAAGUUCCCACCCAGAUAUGUUUAAAUGCUUCAGAUGAUAAUGAGCCCAGUUUUGUAGAAAAGAACCACUCUGCAGACCAAUGGGCUCAGGAAGAUACAUUGAAUCUUGAAGAUUUCACAUUGUCAGGGAAGGACAAGAAAGAAUCAAGUGAAAAUGUUGCCAUAAUAUAGAAGAUUUAAUUUUCUAUAUAAAGACAAUAGUGCUUUGUUUAUUUUCUUAAACAUUUUAGUUCUUGAUGAAGAAGACAAAUGUGAAUAAUGGUGCACCAUAUAUGGGAAACCAAGGGACAAAGUAAACUGAGGAAACAGGAAGGAAUGGCAAGGCUUUUUUUACAGUUAUAAAACUGCUUGUGACAACAUUACUGACAACAUCUAGGGCAAAAAAAUAUUUACACACAACAUAAUGACAAUCCGCAGAGACAUUUCUUAAGUGUGCACAGUUGUAUUUAUUUACCUAGAAGCAAGAAUUCCACAGAGCUUUGUUAGAAGAGAGUUGAGCAGUAAUUAAUAGAAAACUACCAGUAACAAGGGCUAUCAUUACUUCCUUCCAAAUAUACAGACUGUGAUAUUUUUAUUUAUAUUUUUUAAAUAUAUUGCACUACAGCAUUUCAUUGUAUGACAUAUAAUUCAAAACACAGAAUUAUUUGGGGGUAUUCAUGUGACACUGAACAUUCUCCCCCAAAUGUGAGAUCAUCAAUGGUGUUUUUUGAAAGCAUGUUUUAUUAUAAACUUUAACAUUUGAUUGAA